AGCUAACUCAUGCCCUUGAUCGUAGCAUAAUUUCCCACACACCAACUGCCACCCGCGUGCUUCAUCAUCAAAUCUGGGUCCAAUCAAAAUGCAAAUCCCUUCCUAAUUACUCAAAGCAACCCCCAACAUUCGAUCGUAUUCCAUCGCCAUCGCCAUCACCAUAACCAUAACCACCUCUCAGAAACAGACCUUUCACCUUCCUGGCCCAAAUACCAAAACACACACACACACACGCAGUCCCCAACUAAUCCUUUUCACCUGGACCAGAAAGUCUCUGUCUUUCUCCCCAAACCCAGAAAACCAGAAGAGACAGAGAAAAAAAAAAUCUCAAUCCCCAAUUCCCUAAAUUGUAAUGAUGAAGCAACUGCACAAGCAAUCGAGCGUGAACCACCGGCGGGACGAAGAGACCCCAUCGACCCUAAGCUCUCCCUACUCCCCCAAAGCUCUCAAGCACCCCCGAUCACUCCCCAGAUCCAUCAACUACCUCUUCAAGGAGCAGCGCCUCCUCUUCAUCCUCGUCGGCAUUCUCAUCGGUUCCACCUUCUUCAUCCUCCAGCCCACCCUCUCCCGCCUCGGCCCCUCCGAUCCCAACUCCGCCAUCAACACCGUCUCCAGAUCCUUCUCCACCGCCCACGACCUCGUCUCCAAGCCCACUCAUGCCAAGGUCGGUCGCGUCCCUGUUGCCCUCGGCAAGCGGAGGCUCCGCAUCGUCGUCACCGGCGGAGCUGGGUUCGUCGGGUCCCACCUCGUUGACAAGCUCCUUGACAGAGGUAAUGAUGUGAUUGUGAUUGAUAAUUUCUUCACUGGGAGGAAGAACAAUCUGGUGCAUCAUUUCGGGAACCCGAGGUUCGAGCUCAUUCGGCACGACGUCGUCGAGCCGGUUCUGUUGGAGGUGGAUCAGAUCUACCAUUUGGCUUGCCCUGCCUCCCCUGUUCAUUACAAGUAUAACCCAGUCAAGACAAUUAAGACCAAUGUGAUGGGUACCCUUAACAUGCUGGGACUUGCCAAGCGAAUUGGGGCACGGUUUUUGCUUACUAGUACCAGUGAGGUUUAUGGCGACCCGCUGGAGCAUCCUCAGAAGGAGACUUACUGGGGAAAUGUGAAUCCUAUAGGUGAGAGGAGCUGUUACGAUGAAGGAAAGAGGACAGCAGAGACAUUGGCAAUGGAUUAUCAUCGAGGUGCAGAUGUUGAGGUGCGUAUUGCUCGAAUUUUCAACACUUAUGGGCCGCGUAUGUGUUUAGAUGAUGGGCGUGUGGUUAGCAAUUUUGUUGCUCAGGCUAUCCGCAAACAACCAUUGACUGUGUACGGUGAUGGUAAACAAACACGAAGCUUCCAAUAUGUCUCUGAUUUGGUCAAUGGACUGAUGGCAUUGAUGGAUGGAGAACAUGUCGGACCUUUCAACCUGGGUAACCCAGGGGAGUUCACUAUGCUAGAGCUUGCCGAGGUUGUCAAAGAAACAAUUGAUUCUAGUGCGACCAUAGAAUUCAGACCAAACACUGCUGAUGAUCCACACAAGAGGAAGCCCGAUAUUAGCAAAGCCAAGGAGUUAUUGAACUGGGAGCCGAAAGUCUCACUGAGGGAAGGACUGCCCCUAAUGGUGAGUGAUUUCCAGAAUCGCAUUCUAAAUGAAGAUGAAGGAAAAGGGAUUAACUAAGAAUGAGGAGAACCGGUAUGUAUAGUGUGAAGCAUGACUGUAUCAAAUCGAUUCGUUUAUUAUUGUCAUCCUCAGUUCACAUUACCUGGCAAUUCAAGCAAAAUGCCACUGUAGGAAAUGUAUCUGUUUAACGGCCGUGCUUGAUCAGCAGAGAGUCUACAGUCACUAGAUUUUGAUGAAUUUUUUUACAACAUUUUCUGGCACACAUUGUGUUGGUGGAAGGAUGUAUCUUCUUUUAUUCUUUUUGACAUUUUUUUAGGUAUCUUGAAACGAAAGUUGAUUCUCCUUGCAGAAAA